ACCUGACUUUUGCGGUUUUGUGGUAUCUUCCAUUGAUUCAGUACUCUAGCUUAGUAAUGGAUAGUAAUUCCGUAUUUUCCGUUCAAGUUUGUGAGAAAGAAUGCAGAGAAAUACAUGAAUAUGCAUCCUCAAGAAGGUUAAAUGAUUUGGUUCCAUCCUUGGUUCGACGAAAUCGAUAUGAACGAAAACAGAUAAGAGAAACUUACUUAGUCAUGUAUGGAGAAGACUUAAUCAAUCAUCUUCAAAAGACACAAUCCAACCACACUAAUCAGAAAUACAGUCUUCUGUCUCUGUGGAUGCUGGAACCACACGAGCGUGACGCUGUCAUGGCGAGGAAUGCAUUGGAAGAUGGUGACAUAAAUUACAAGGCUCUUAUCGAAAUAUAUACAGGACGAAAAUCAAGUCAAAUUCUCCUUAUUAAUCAAGCUUAUCAGCAUAAGUUUAAAAGGCAAUUAGAUCAAGAUAUAAUCAGCUUCGAAAUGUCUCAUCCCUUUCAAAGAAUCUUAGUGGCAUUGGCGACAUCGCACAAGUCACACAACGUCGACGUAAGUCAACAUAUCGCAAAAUGUGACGCGAAAAGACUAUAUGAAACAGGAGAAGGCAAGGGAGGAAGUGGAGGAGGAGGAAUUGAAGAGUCAGUUGUUCUGGAGAUGUUCAGUAAACGAAGCAUUCAACAACUUAGGCAAACUUUCUCUACUUAUAAGCACAUCUAUGGACACGAAUACAGUAAGUCGAUCAAAAAGGACGUUUAUGGUGACUUUGAGGAUGCCCUUGGAAUUGUUGUGAAGUGCAUAUACACUCCAGCUAAAUAUUAUGCAAAGAUACUGCACAGCUGCAUUAAGGGCACGACCACGGACAAAGGAGCGUUGGGACGUGUGAUUGUAAGCAGAGCUGAAAUAGACAUGGACGAAAUUCAAAGGGUGUUUGAGAACAAAUACGGAAUAGAACUCAAAGAUGCAAUAUUAUGCGAGAAUAUGAUGAUAAUGGACAAGCCUCAAAGAGACUUCAUUGUUGCCCUGGCAAACAUUCAUUACCCUUCGUAAACAUUUGCACAUCUUAAUGCCAGGGAACCAUAAUACUAUUAUAUUUAGCCGUUUGUUUACUUAUUAUGUACUCAUAUUUUCUCCGAAACAAGCAAAUAAAGCAAAAAAAAAUAUCUUAAUCUCAACUACUAUAAUUUAACUAAUUGUCAUACUUAAUGGUCAAUCAUGAAUGGGGUUUGCCUUUAGAUUGUACAGCUAGGAGGAGGCUCACUAGUGCUUCAAAAUCUAUAAACAGUCGAGUCCAUACUUUAGAGUAGAUAUGAAACAAAGAACCUCUUCUUUCACCCAUCAACAAGAAACGUUGAAACCAACCGCCAAAACAAGACUAAAAACUAGCCAUCAUCAAAAGACAUAAAGAUUGGAAUCAUUUUCGUCAGAAGUUUUCUCAUCUUACUUCUAAAUGAGUUUAUCAUUUAUAUAAAACCCAUACGAAGAUUUCAAUUUCAACAAUUCACCUAUAGUACUACCUAUUGCUAAAGAGGAAAAGAAGAAGAAAAUCACGUCUCAAGAUUUGAAGAAAACCAGGAUCAUUUAGGGAAAUAUAAAACCAGGGGUUGCACGGAUGGAUACAAGGCCUAGAACUAGAGCUCGUCGGUCUUAUGCGGAUUUCGAACCUUCUUCGGAACUAGUAGAGGAAAAGGGUUCAGAGACUCUCCUCAUUGAACUUACAGGAUUUACUAAGGAACAAGCAAGGGUGCAACUCGAGCCGACAGGUAACCUAAAGGUAAGCGGAGAAAGACCACUUGGAGAUAACAAAUGGAGUCGUUUCGAGAAACAUUUUCAAGUUUCAUCAGAUUGCAACACAGAUGAAAUCUCUGCUACGUUUGAGGAUGGAGUUCUUUUCAUUAUUAUGCCCAAGUUUAUAAAUAACACUAAUCAAUCAUCUGGAAUGUACGAACCAAAUCAUGAUCGACCGAUAUCACAAGAAAAACAUUCAGCAGGGAUGGAAGUUGAUCAGAGAACUAGGCAACGUUCAUCAUUGAAGAAUCAAGAAGAGAAAAACAUGACAGGGCCGAAAUUCCCACAAAGAAAAGCAACAUUCUCAUCGACAUUAGAAACUCCACUGGGUCCAUUUGGAUACUCGAAACAGUCAAAGCUUGGUGAUGAAAAGAUAAAGCAUGGAUCAAAGUUGAAUACCAUAACUCGUCGUGCAGGUAGCUUGAUCCAAGACUGUAAGCAUACAUCUCUUGGGUCCAUGGUUGUGGUAGCCAUUCUAGUAGCAUUUGGGAUUUCUAUAAAAUAUGCACGCAGUUAGAAGGGAAAUAAAUUUGUAUGUCCAUAUUUAAUUGUCGGGGUAUUGUUAAUACCUAAUACCAAAAGAAAAUGUACAUCUAAAUUAUGUUUCCUAUACUCUUGUAAACUGCUAUCAUAAAUCUAUUCCAUGAAUAAUUUUUUUUUGCUCA